AUGCGUUGUUUUAUUUUGAGUGUGCUCUGCACCAUCCUGCUGCUGGGCACAAUAUCGUCGGCUUGGCCAUGGCGGCCCUAUGGAGCGCUGUUGGGCGACUCUUUGGAUAAGCGAGCAGACACUGCGGAGACAACAGCUCAAACUUCCGAAACCACCGCCGAUUCAUCUACCGCUUCCAAGACCUCGACUGGAACCUCCACCGGCACAAACACCGACACUACCGACACGAAAACCGGAACUGCAACCGACUCAGAAACCACCAACACCGCAACCGAUUCGGAGACUACCGGCAAAACAACUGGCACGAAGACAGGAAAAAGCAAGACUACCGCCACCACCUCGAUCUCCAUUGAUCCUGCUGCCGCUGCUGGCGGUGUGUCCAUGAUCACACCCGCUUCCUCGUCCACGACCUACUACAAGAUCGGUCAGGAUGUGACAUUCGUCUGGAACUACACCUCCCUGUCGGUCACGCCGUCGGCGGUCAACGUCGUGGCUUCGUGCAGUCUCAACUCGAUGACAUAUACGCUCAGCUCCAACAUGAGCGUGAAGCAAACCGGAAGCGUCGUGUGGGAUACUGGAAAAUACCAGAAAUCAGCUACGAUCCCGUUACUUACCGCUUCGUAUACUCUGAUUAUCUAUGAUGCUAGCAAGGACAUUGGUGAUGCCGCUAGCGCUGGACACUUGAGCUCGCAGAAUGGCGGUUACGUCUUCGGGAUGUACACCCCCCCAGUCUUACACCCCUCUCAAUCUGGGGCCAUGUCUGAAACCAGUCGCCUAGCCAUCAAAUUUACCGUCGGCAUGGCUGUAAUUACCUUCGCUUCGUUCACCUGGUUUGCGGGCAGUGCUGGCGUCUUCACCACGUGA